CAAGAUUGUGGACAGAAUAGAUGAUGACAAAGAUGGCUUUAUCACAACAGAGGAGUUAAAAACCUGGAUUAAACGAGUGCAGAAACGCUACAUCUAUGAAAAUGUGGCCAAAGUUUGGAAAGAUUAUGAUCUAAACAAGGAUGAUAAAAUUGCCUGGGAAGAAUACAAGCAAGCCACAUAUGGUUAUUAUCUAGAAAAUCCAGAAGAAUUCCAAGAUGCCACUGAUCAGCACAGCUUUAAGAAAAUGCUGCCCAGAGAUGAAAGGCGAUUCAAAGCUGCAGAUCUGGAUGGAGACUUGGCUGCCACUCGUGAGGAGUUCACUGCUUUCCUGCACCCAGAGGAGUUUGAGCACAUGAAAAACAUUGUUGUCUUAGAAACCUUAGAAGACAUAGACAAAAACGAGGAUGGUUUUGUGGAUCAAGAUGAAUACAUUGCUGAUAUGUUUGCAAAUGAAGAGGGUGGACCAGAGCCCGACUGGGUGAUUACAGAGCGUGAGCAGUUCGCAGAUUUCCGUGAUCUCAACAAGGAUGGAAAGAUGGACAAAGAUGAGAUCCAGCACUGGAUCCUCCCCCAGGACUAUGACCAUGCACUAGCUGAAGCCAGGCACUUAGUCUAUGAAUCUGAUGUAGACAAGGAUCAAAAACUAACAAAAGAGGAAAUUCUAGACAACUGGAACAUGUUUGUUGGAAGUCAAGCUACCAAUUACGGGGAGGACCUCACAAGAAACCAUGAUGAGCUAUGAUCCAGUGUGCCAGCCAGUGUGCCACACAUCUUUUCUCCACCUUACUGAAUUCACUGUGUCCAUCCCCUCCAGGAGGGAAGAUGGCCAAGGGACACUCACAACUGAAUAACUUGCAUUAAUAUUAUUUUUAACAUGCCAGUUUAUUACCUCAGAAACCACAUAGAAAUAGCUUUUUUACUCCUUUCACAUGGUUAAACACAAUCUUUAGUUACUAGAGUUUUAUUUUUGAAAAAAUUAAGAGGGUAACUUUUCUGAAUAGGUUAGAGCCUGGCAUGGAAAAGGGACUUCUAAAAACAUUGCAAAGAUCUUUAAUAGCCAAGUCUUUUCUUCAAAUACCCACUUUUACCAUAGUGAAAUGCACCUAGGAUUAGAACCCUAAUGUUUAAUCAGACUUAAGUUAUUUAGUUGUCUUUUCUAAUAGUUUAGAGGUGACCCUUUGAGCCUCCUGCCCAGAGAAGAGUUUGAUACCAGCUUUGUCUCCACAGAAUUGCUGUGUUGGGUGAGUGCUGCUGCAGCCCCCUGGCUCCUGCUCCAAUGUGCAAAUGCACAGGUCCCUUGUCCCUGACCCUGCGUUCCCAGGCAGGGAUGCAGAGUCCAGCCUGGCAGCUGCUCCUUCCACAGCAGGGUAAAGUACAGCUGUUUGUGGGCCCUUGGCCUGGCUGCUUCCUGGGAGGAGUUGUGCCACAUGGAGCAUAAUUUAUCUCCUGCUUUUCACACUUCACCCCAGCCCUGCUCCUGUUCACACAGUGUGAAUGGCAGCAGCUCUGUGAUGGAGAAGGAAUGAGACAUGUCAUCCCUCUGGGCCUUGUGUCUCCUCUGCCACUAAGAGGACAGAUUCUUGUGGCUGAACUUCUGGGUUUGUGUGUUUAUACCUGUAACUCUAGAGACAUCUCUCCUUCCAAAAAAGGGGGAAGUUUUAGGUGCUUUAUUUUUUACUGUAUAAUGUGAGUUGUUACAUGUAUAUUUUUAUAUAACCAACUUCUCCAAGUUUGGUUGUUUUUAUCUGUACUGGUUUGAAAAGAAGCACAAUAAAACCAAUACUACUUCUUGGUA